AUGUUUAGAAGAAAAUCAACAAUUCGUACUACAGAACAAAGUACCCCUGCAAGUACUGUGGCGGCUGCUUCAGUUCUAACUAAAGCUUACGCCGCUGCAGGACUCACAAGCAAUAGUAAUAGUCGAGUCAAUUCGAGUACCACUAAGACCAAUACCACUGUCAGACGCUCUACUUCAAUGCUAAAUACCAGAAGAUACAAUUCAAUGACCAUAGAAAGACCUAGUACUAGAGAAACAAGUCGCACUUCCGGAAGUAGGACAAGUAGCUUACAAAAGAGCACGUCAAGAAGUAACAGUAGAUCAAAUAGCAUUCAAAGAAAUACUAUGACGCCAAAUAAUACCAUUCACACGAGUCCAUCUAUGAACACACUAUCGAAAAAUUCCCGUCGUGCUUCAAGUUUACCAAGCAAAAAAAGAGUAUCAUCCAUGACUUCCAAACAGCACGAGGAAGCUCAGUUAACUUUCAAAGAAUUCGGAGGAAAUCAAAGUACGAACAUACUGAAACCGAAAACAGUUCGUAAAUACGUCCCAAGUGCUCAUGGACUGGUUGCGAUCGAUGUUCCUGUUAUAGAGAACCCAAAAAAAGAAAGUAGUUCCUCUGUGACACGUUCAACAAGCGUAAAUCACCAGCUAAAAAGAAAAGUAUCACAAGACUCAUUACACUCCAGCAAUAAAGUAAAUCCGAUUAGCAUUCAUUAUAAGGACACUCCCUUAAUAGAGACAUCGAUGAUCGAAGAAACAGAAACAGAAUUGAAACAAGAUGACGUUGAACUAGACAUGCUGAUUGGUGAAAACAAUGCAUUAGAGGAAAAAAUCAUAUUAGAACAGGAAAAAGACCACAACAAUAACGAAAAUGAAAAGAAUACUGAAACAUACAUACAAAUCUCUGCAAACGAAGAGGAAAGUAUCAAAAAGGGCGAGAAGAACACAUCAGUUAGUCCAAACGAAGAGAAAGAGACUCAAGCUGGGCUCAAAAAUCUGGAUAGAAAGAUAGACGUAAAGGCUCAAGGUGAAGAGGGUGUUGAAUUGAACAAUAAUAAAAGAUUGAAUGAUGAAACCUUUCAUGAUGAAAAACAAACUGAAGAUAAUAAAAACUACCCAUCGAUUGACGGCCCGGAUGAUGAUGGUGUAGCACGUGUUCACAACACAGAGGAGGAAUUGAAACAAAUAGUAGAGAAGAUUGAACAAGACAUAACUGAGAAGAUUGCCGAUAACGAUAGUAUCCAUGAUGAACAACUAGAAGAUAAUUCUGACUUUCAAGAAUGCGAAUAUUCUUCUAUACAUUCCACAAAGGAAGAUAUCACAAUUCAGGCUAUUGAACCAUUGUCUUUAGAUGAAGGAAGUGCCAAAAAAACGAUUAAUAAUAGUAAGAAAAAAAAAAAAAUGAAAGACGUGCUACCGAGGUAUUGGCCGAUUCUGCUAUGGACAAUGAUACUGUGUACAAAAAAAAUAGACACUGCAGAUAACAAUCUCGAGGCAAAUAAGAAAAAGCAUACUAAGCCUUCUGAAAAGACAUCUAGCAUGGCCCAGUACAUGAGGGUGGCAAAUCCUUAUCUGAACAAUGAAUCAAGCUCAACGGAACAAUUGACACCAGCCAACUCUACAGUAACGGAUAAUAUACAGGCUUCUCCAUCGAUAAAGAAGGGAAGUAUUCAGCGUAAACCAGCUGCGAGGGGACUAACUCCAAGGGCCAAUUCACUGACGAGAAAUUCUAUGCCUAUGAAGUCUGCACUCAAGAAAUCUAUUCAGAAUGAUGGCACUUCAUCAUCAGUUUAUUCAGAUAAAUCCGCAGCCACGGGUGCCUAUUUAUCUUUGACCACUGCCGAAAAUACGAGAUUAAAUGCUCAAAUUGCAGAUGAAGCUCCUCCAGGGAGAAAACGAAGCAUUUCUAGGAAAAAUACAUUAAAUCUUACAAGACCACAAUCGAUGAUCAAUCAACAGAUUCCAAGAUCUCGUUCACCAUUGACUCACGAAAGGGCUAAAAGCAAACGUCAUUCUGUCAACAUGGGACCAAUACAGAAACCUAGGGUAAAGAAGAUCGAAAAAGAUGUAGAGCCCUCUUCAGUUAAAUCAAAUCAUACUAAGAAAACUGAAGUCAAGACAUCAAAACAAAGUCCCGGCGCACCUGACGGUAGCCAUAAAAGAAAUUCUUUUUCCAAAAAGAGCCAGAAAGAUUUAAACAGUAUUCUUUACCCGAAGGAACCACCCCAACGUAAGUCCAGUUUUGAAAAACUAACAGCUCGUGAAGGCCAUUUGGGCUUCAAAAUGAUGUCUUUAAGAGGUGAGAGCAUUGUAGACUCAACAAACACUGAAAAUGGGACGAUAGCGGUGGAUCAACGCCAGAGCCAAAAUACUGAUCAUGUUAGUAACCCCGUACCGAAAAGUAGUGGCUGGACCUCAAGAUUUAAUGACUCUGAUUCAGAGGAAGAAUACAACAUCAACUCUAACCAGACGCCUAAUACAAGCAUUGAAAGCAAGACCAAGCCUCACAAUCAUUCCUUCUCAUUCUUCAAGAUGAACAAAACGCGCUCUCAGGAAUCUGAAGCUUUCAGUCCACCUCAACCGCAAUAUUCAAACAGUUAUCCUCAGAGAUCAUUAUCUUCCAAUUCUUCCCCAAAAAAGACAGUUGUUGAAACUGGGCGAACCUUUUCUGCACAUUCAACUAGUAUAAACUCACAUUCUCUAGGCUCUACUAUGCGAAACAAUACAGAUAUGAAAGAGCUUUAUCCAAACAACGGACAUGAGUCGAGAAUGCAUUCCAAUGGUUAUACAUCGUCUAAUUCUCCUGAUGAAGUAACAAACAAGAAAUCAAAAGUUUUUAGCAAAAAACUGAAGAAACUGUUUGGAAGAAAAAAAUAG